AUGACGACGUUAGUAAACCGGACGCUUAAUGGGACAAGUAAUCGAGAAAGCUCUGAAGCGAGAACUGUUAUACUACUCGUCAAGAAACCCCACUUUACACAAGUUGAUCACCAUAAAUGGCUUCUUAAACGACUCUUCAAACCUCUUCAUCACGAAAAAGACGAGAACAUCCAAGUUUUGUACGUAUCAAACACCAAACUCAGUUCGUUAAUUAGAUCUCAAAAUGAAAGGAAAGCAAAUGACGUGUAUACACCUCAGAAUUUGCCUGAUCUUCAAGAGGACGAUGAUAUUUCGUACAAAUUAAUGCCGAAUACUCGUGUUAUCACAUUAUGUACAAAAUAUCGCAUGAUAUUUCUUUUGGAUGUUACAACAUCUUUGGCGACUAUUUAUUAUAAAAACAUGAAGGGCGUACUUAUAUCUGAAGCAAUAAAAGUUCUAUAUCGAUGUAUUGAAGGCCUAGUACAGCCUUUUACUAUUCAAGACGUGGAUAGAGAUAAAGCAUUACAUUUUGAACCCGAAAUAUCGAUUACUGUUAUAGCCGAAAGUUCACAUUUCGCAUCCAACGCAAAUUUACUGCCUAUGUUAAGGGACUUUCCGACUAUGAGGGUUCUUUUAAAUGGGGUUGUUGUAACAAAGAACAACGUAACUGAUAUUAUCAAUAAUCUGCACGUGGAGCUCGCUAAUUUUCAGCAAGAAGUGGCGGAAUUGCGGCAAAGACUUUGCAGAGCUAAAUUUCCAGUAGCAUAUGAGAUGGAUGUGGUCGGGUCAAAGACUGAAGAUGAUCAUGACGUUGAGGUUGAUACUUUCAUGGAUAAUAAAAAAAAUUUGUGGAGAUUAGGCUCUAGUGGAGCAAAUCUUGCUUAUAGCCUUAAUGCUGGUUUGUUUGCUAAAAGCUUACUACCUGAUGAAGGGUUUCCUUCCUUAAUUGUUAUCACAGAUGGUGUUGUUAAAUCAACUCUCGAUCAAAUGUCUGCGGAUGAUGACAUAAUACAACAACUUUGCAAAGAGGGCAUAAGAUGCAAUAUUAUUCAGGUCGGUUCGCAUCAAGGGUUCGAUCCAUGUUGCAACUUUGGAUUACUUCCUGACAUUGAGGUUUUACAAUUUGUUGCUGCAGCCACAUCUGGUGUUUGCCUAUUUUCUGAAAAUUGCCCAGACAUUUCUGACGAUAAUUCAUCUGUUACAUCCCCUUCACAAAGCGAGUAUCGUACAUUCAACUUCUACCAUGAACAAUUGCUUAUUAGAGAAACACAUUUUGUGAAAAAGAGAAAUCAAGCAAGGUAUUUGAAUGGCGCCAAUGAUUGUAAUUCAUAUAAUUUUCCUUGGGAUCCGAGAAGUCAGCCUCCUGAGGCCGAGGCUAUGCCUCUGCGAUUUUUAGAAUAUUCUAUAUUUGCUGAUGUUCAACAGCUCAUAACUGUCCGGAUGCGCCAUGGAUUCAACAUUGAUAAUAUAAUUUUGAGUCCGGGGAAGGGCAAUAAUAAAGCAGAGGUGAUUACUAUAGCAAUGUCAAGACUUUGGUUACCGGAUGUUACUAUCCAAUAUAAAAUUAAAGGACAAUGGACUGGUGAAUCGAAUGGGUUAUCCCGGCUCAAAGCUCUUAGGAUUGAGAUCCACGUACUUGCGGAUACUGAGCUAGACAUCUAUCUGCUAAAUUUUCAGACGGCUCGACAAAAUAAUGAUCCGAAUCACCCACUCUUUUGGAAAUUUACGAGGUUAUAUAAUUUUUUGAAGACUAUCUUAGAUACUGAUGAGCUUUUCAAGAAACAUAAAGCACUUAGAGAUAAUAACAAGCAACAGCUACAACGUCCAAUAGCCGCUGCUGCUAGAUUAGAGUCAUUAAGGCAAUUAUGGAUUACUGAGCAGAGCACUCGUAAUAUUAACUUUUGGUAUGACAACGCAAAGUUUGAUUUUCUAAUAUUAUCCGAGACAUUACAAUCAAACAUGGCUUUAGAUUUGUCUUCUGAAAAUAAGAGGCAUAAACAACUUCCGGUAAUGAUUGAAGAACGAUUAGCGAUUAUCAAAAAUUAUUUAUCAGACUGGUCUACAUUUACUGCAUCGGAAAAUAUAUUUGUGAAAGUAUUUAAUCAGAUAGAAGGUGAAAAAAUAUCUCCAAUCAGUUUUUGCGAACUAAGAAUUAGGCAUGAAGUUGGCUACCUUGUCUCAAUAAAAUUUUCAUUUUUCAAUGUUGACAAUUUACGUCGUCAAAAAGAAAUGAUUGAUAUAAUCAACGAAAUCGGCGGAAAGAACGACAAAAGCAAAAAUUAUUACAUUUGUCGGAGGCCUUUGUCUUCGUUUUUUAUACGUAAUAUUGAUGAUGUGCUUAACGAAAAGGACAUUUCAUUAGAUAAUCGGUUUACAGGUAGAAAUUGUGUCAUUAGGUCUUAUUUGAGACACUCCCGAUGGUCCUGGUUAUCAGACCUUGAAAAAGAUAUUUCUCUAGUAAAUAAAGAGACUAUAACGAUACAAAAGUUAGCAUUUCAGUAUUUAUGUCAAGCGCGAUCAGAUGAGGGAUGUUUAUUAGUUUUUGAACAUAAAAAUAAAAAAAUUUUUUACCAUGAAUUGGAAUUCUUAAAAGAUAGCUCCGAUAUUUCAUCUGUAGAUCAAAAAAUUGUAUGUGGUAUACAACAUCAUAUUGUUAUUUCUGACACUGAAGUGAUAACAGAACUUUGGAUGGAACCUUUACAACAUUCUCAAAUAAGGCUUCUUUGCGAAACAUUUGCCAAUAAGAUAUUUGCUGCGGAUAGAUUGAAAUUAUCACAAUUAGUAACGUUUGAUCAAAUUAGUUAUAUCGCAAAGUCUCGUGUGAAACAACAUCUUCAGGCAUUGUCCUUGACUACACCGAGAACGUUCAACCCAUCAAAAUUAUUUCAAUUACCUGUAUUGCUUCGCUCCAGUGGAGUAAUCGUCGCAAAUUACAAUCUUCCCUUAUUUUUGUUUGGACAAUCCAAUAAUAGUCAGUCACAGAAUUUUGCUAUUCGUGCACAACAAUCUGAGAGAUUGGUUUCUUCUGGAAACAACGAUUUGAAUUAUAGUGACUCUAGAGUUCAGUCAGAGAGUAGCCCAUAUUUAAGACAUGGCAGUGUUAGUCAUAAAAAUUCACCUUUUGAAGCGACUGCACAAAGAAAACUUUCAAUUUCCAUUCUUAAUGAUUUCAAUAAAGAUAUAGCUUAUUUUGUUGAUCGAGAUUUGAUUGCAAAAUUAGGGCCUUCUGAUAGAGAUUUUGCAUUACUACACUUGUUUAUUGAGAAAAAUUUGAGCAAGUAUGCUGAUGGUGAAGUUGAUACGACUAUCGAUAAUUGCAAAGAUUCAAUUACUUUGAAAGACAUAAAUAACGGAUUGUCAAUAGCCGAAUUACUACAAGGCGCUAUGACAACUAUUGCUUAUGCAUUAAAUCUUCACGAGACUCGAUGCUUUAUUAAAAUUGUGAACUCUGGUUCCUUCCUUCUUAUUUUCAUACCAUCUUUUAAAGUAUUGUUGGAUGCAAUGAUCCAACAUAAUGGCAUAUAUGCCAAAAAUAAGAUUACAUAUUUUGGGAUAUUAAUAUUUUUGUGCAAACGACCGGAGCCAUCGCUUGGUAACUAUCCCCGUGAAUCUUCAUACAUUAAUCGCGAUCAAUCACUUGUUUUCGAGCCUAUAAGAAUUAUUCAUAGUAAUUCCAUUCCGGUGAAUAAUCCAUUGGAUCCAAUGCUACUUGGUUGUUCUUUUCCUGAAUAUCCUAUGAGCUUUACUCGUUCUGAUAUUUCCAAUUUAGUAGUAAAAGAAAUCUUCAAUAUCACAAGAUUAUAUGCACGUGGAUUUAUUAAAUCAAUAUACGCUAGUGUUUUGCAAAAACAUAAGAUCACGGAAAACGACUUCCGCAAAGCAAUUGAUUCAUGUGUACAUUUUCAUGUUGAUAUCGACAUUACUGGUUAUGUUAAUGCUCAUGUACAGGCGUCUCGUCAAGGUUCAGAUAGUGAUAAUGCAAACGACAUCUCUCAAAAAUUUGUUGCCGUGCUUGGUCAUUACUUUGAACCGGUUACUUUUGCUGAUGGUGAAUUGGAAAAUUGUUAUUAUUAUUAUCGGCCACCAUUCAAAAAGUCAAGUAAUUCAUCCAUUGACGUUCAUGAAUAUGUUGCUGACAUUCCUGAGGGUUUUCUAGAGACUUUUAGUUGCGCAGAAGAUCCACUAUUUAUCCGUUUGGAGUGUAUAUUUAAGAAACCUGCCAAACCUAUCCCAAAAACCGAGAAUACAAAUUCAAACCACAUUGGGUCUGAUGUAGAUAAAAUUGAGUCUGAUAAAUUUGUCCAAUUUCCCACUUCCAGUUUGCCUACGUCUUAUUCUCGUAUUAUUGAUGAAAAGUUAUAUGACUUUUCUCCUGAAUCUAUCGGAACAGAUGCAUCACCAGUAGAAUCUUCCGAUGGCACUACAGCAACUUUACGCUUGAUAUGCUUGACUUUGCCUCAAUUUCACAAGGAAGUUAAUGGUUCUCGUUCAACUGAACAUAAAAAUGAUUAUAGCCAGACAAGUACAAAUUCAAGCAAAAUUUUGUACGAAUGUCUCACUGAAGAUAAAAAGGAGGCUUUAAAUGAAACUCAAAGCCGCAUUGACUGGCUCACGAAAGAGGAAAUAAUGCAUAUGCUCUUAAAGUCACAAUCUGUUGAUCGUUCAGUAUUAUCAUUUGUUCAAACACAGCUACGAAACAAAAAUCCUUUUGUGAAUUUCCCAACAACAUUUAACGUUCCUUUAUCGUUUGUUCGUCGAAAACACGGGAAGCAUGGUCAUGAAUUAUUUUUAGAAGCAUUAAGUAAAGCAGAUAUGAGGCCAUUUACACUAAAUCAAGUUGAGGAUUGCUUCUAUAUUAGCGAGGAUGAUGAAAUUGGGGAGCCUUUGGUGUCUACUGAUGGUAGAUGCGAAGCUUCCCCCGUAUUUGGAACCGCUACUGAUGAUGGUGAAAUAGCCGAAGAUCAAUCAAUAUCUCAAGUUCCUGCAUUAGAUGAUUAUCAAGAUGAUGGAGAAGACGAAAUUGCUUCAGGCCUAGGAAUUAGUAUUGCGGUUUCUCAAGUUAAACUAUCCAACAUUAUUAAGCAUGUGAGAAAUUGCAUUAUACAAGCGUCUGAACGUGUUAAUAGGAUAAUUUUAUUGACAGACCUUAAUAACACUCAUAAUUGCAGUAAAUACUUGGUGCGACCUGAUCCUGAUGACUCUUCAGAUUCUGAAUCUUCACCUGAAGAUAAUGAUUUGUCCUCUGAGGAUAAUUGUUUGGUUGAUGUUCUUUCAAAGACACAAAACGAUGAUGGUCAACAUAGUGUUUCUAAAAAGUUCAAGAUUGGACAAUUUGAAUGUCCUUUGGUAUAUAGGCAAACGUUUCCGCUUCAUUGGCGAUUAAAACCGAAUAAUGCUAUAAAUGGAAUUGAAUCUAGUGUUCUCAAUUCAUUUGCUGUUAAUAACCGAAAGCAUAUGUUUGUCUAUGCUAAAGAAAGUUCUAUUGUAUAUAUCAAGAUUUCGGAAGUGGGCCCAGAUGAUAAAAUUGAUGAUGCUUCUCGAUCUGCGAGCCUUUCCCAAAGUAUCAAUUCUAUAAGCACUAUUCAAUCUGAAACGUCGUCAGUCACCGCUGCGGAGGAGUCUCGAAGAUCUCCAUCCAGCAAGAGUGGUAGCAGUCCCAAAACCUCUAUUACUCUUUCACCUGGUUCUAAAAAACCAACAUCACAACAGCGUAUUUCAGAAUCGAGGGAGCUAGUAGUUGAAGUCUUUGGAAUAGAUCCGCCUGGUAAAGAGAUCACAGAAGAAUUAAUGGAUCUAUUAGAAACUAAAUUAAUGACUAAUAUCACAUUGACUGCUAUGUCAACUUUUCUUGUUCGUAACCCCAAGUUCAACCCUACUCGGGAGGAUGUAGAUUUUAUUUUACCAGUUAUGAAAACAUCUAAACGUCUUUGUUUACCCAUUCCAUCGUCGAUUAAAAAUGUCUAUACAUUCCUGGUAUAUUUCAAGCAGAAUCUGUCUCAUUAUCUUAAAGUGUUUAGCGGCUCAGAGGUUACGGGUGCAAUCGAACGUCAUCAUAGUGCGACUUAUGGCAUUUCAUUCAACAAAAGUUCUAAUAUUGAUGAUGGAAGAAAAUCUCCAAUUUCAUCUUAUGAUAUUCAACUUCAUGAAUUUUCAUUUUACUAUAAUAAUAAUACUCAACCUCGUUCCGCUAAUCCUACAUUCGAGUCAUCAGUUGGUCAAGGAAUUGCAGGAAUUUGUCUAACCUUAAUAAAUCACGAUGGCAGACCUGUGUUUGAAUUACCUAUGUCAGAUAAAUAUACUUUAGAUAAAUGUGUUAUGGAUGAUACAGAUAUGGCGGCUAUAUUAGAUUAUAUUUCAGAGGAAGAAGUUUUUAUCGCCUCAAAUUUGAAAAAAUAUGAAAGUACUAACUAUGAAUACAGUUUGCAUAUCGACCUAUGGAACCAAGGUCAACUUAAUUAUGAGAUUCUAUUCGAGAGAAUCAGAAAAAGUUUUAGACAAUGCCUAUGCGACUAUUUCAUAGAAAUUUCAAUUACCCAAGGGUUAGGCCGCAUUUUAGAUCAAGCUGAAUUCAAUUCGCAAUCUUCUGAAAACUAUUAUACUUCAGAUCGGGAAUGUUCUCCGAAAUAUAUUGACUCACAUAUCCAAAAAGUAUUUAUAGAACCUUGUAUGGCACUUUUAAAAAAAUCAGUCAAUUUAGAAAAUCCAGCAUUACAUUCAUUACAAGUACGACUUGAUAUGCCAUCAUGGAUGAUGGAUGAUUUCUUAGCAGAAGUUCGCGAGCUUUUAUCAGAUAUUCAUGCCAUAUUUACUCCUGUUAUUUUACGAGACAUCCCAUCUACCAUUAAUAAUGAUAUUAUUUAUGAAAUAUAUCGACCAAAUCAUUCAGUAUCGGCAACAGAACAGGCUAUGACAGUUAGGCCUCAAUAUUUAUUAAUUGCUGGUCUUAAAGAGUUAAAUAAAAAAUAUGGUGUAUACAAAUCACUGUCUCAAGAAGAUCGUCGAAGCAGUUUAGGGAGUGAUAGUACACAUUCACGUAGAAGUUCUGUUGAAGAUCUCUCGAGCGAAAAGUCUAAUAUCCCUCACUCACGAAAAAGUUCUUUAAUUACGCAACAAACUCGUCUCCUUGAUAUAAUGAUGUACACCAUACCACAUUAUGAAGUCCAAUCAAACCCACAUACUCAAAUUUUAUACCGUUCUUGUUUCUUAGCCAUGUCAAUUGACGGCUUCGAUUUGACGAUUUAUAUCUAUAAUUGGCACAAACAUUAUACAGAGAUGGUAUUUUCUGCGAUGAAAAAAAUAUCUGACUGGCAUAAUCAACGUAUUGGACUUUUAAAUAGUAUACUCUAUCAAAAAAUGGGCUUAUUUUAUCAUGCUAGUCUAUCGCUUAAAUCCCCGGCGCCUCCUCAAAGCAUGCCAAAUACACCACGGUCUUUGCAGUCACCUAUUUCCAAUCAACGAUCUUCACAAAUUGAUUCUUCAUAUAGUCAACGAGCAUUAAUGUCUAUUGGACAAAACACUACUGAUCAGCAACUUAUUGUCUCUCUUAUAAAUGAAAGAUUUCCUCAUAUUCAAAAGACCGAAGGUCGCUCUGAAGACAAAAAGAAUUCAGAUUCAAAGCAUGAUGUAAACGUUACAGAUCUCAAUACUGGUAUGGUCUUAUUGAAUACGCUUGAUUUGAAUGAAGUGCUAAAAAGUGUUUGUAUCGAUUCAUUUUUUGAGAAAAUUCACAUACGAGAGAGCCGUGAUGCUCUGAAACGACAUGGCCCUCCUUUUAUUGAUGCGUGGAUCCGUCAGGCGAAGAUCUCUCAAGCUCAUGAAAACGAAAAAUCUGUACAUAACAAAUGGGCAAAGAGAAUUGAAGAGUGUAACAUUGACAAUACUGCUAAUACACCAGAAGUGAUCAAAAAGUCUGAUUUGGCAAUUAUAUUCCGUACAUCUCGACUUUUACAUUUCUGUAGGACGCCACUGCUUUUUGGCGGUAAUGCAGAUUUAUUUACGCGCACAUCACCUGUUCGUGAUUUUCAAACAUCAAGUGAUACAGCAUUUUCUCGUUGGUAUCAAGAUAUGUCCGAAACAUUCUUACAAGAAUAUUCUUAUUACCUUGAAGGAAUUGGUAUGCAAGUAGUAAUUGGAGGAAAAUCUGGCGUAAAUUUGGUUGACGAUGGAUCAAAAUCAUCUGCUACAGAAAAUGUGCUUUCAAAUUCUCCUGCAGUAUUCUUGUUAAAAGUUCUUCAAGGGGGUUCUAUUAUGUGUGAAGUUCGAAUUCAAGGUGUAUUUGUUAGUGUAACCCUAUAUAUACUCAAUCAAGGACAGCAUCUAACAUCGCUAGGAUUUUCUGACGCUGAUAGUGAUCGUGGAAACUUAAGAGUAUUUACUGAGGAAUGUGGACGAUUCAGAAAAAUGAUUCAUGUAAAUUCUUUUGUUUAUGACUUUCAUCUACGUUAUAUAAAACACGUAUUGGAAUCUCAAUCAAAAACCUCCCCAGCCUUUAAUGUUUUGGAUGUUAUUAAUGCAUUCAUUCGACGUAAUCGUCAACCUGCGCAUUUUUCACGUAAUCGUAUUUAUCACGAUAGUUAUGAUAAAGAAUUAGGAUCGAUACCUGAUGAUUUAUACGAAUUUAUAAUAUCAUCACCUCAACGAUACGGGUUUAGAGCAAUAACUUUUAAUGGUGAGCCAAUCGCCUGCUUUACGACAUCUAUAUGUGGAGACCAAUGCACCCUAGAAUCUUGCGAUCUCUGUUCAGCUUUUGGAAAUGAGACACCACAAAUCACGUUAGUUUUUACUUCUUCGAACCAGGCACCUACCGCAGGAACUACAUCUUUAGAAUAUUUUGUAAUCGUGUUGAACGAUAAUUACGCGUCCCUUGAUUCUACUUUAAGUGUUAGGGAUUCUUAUCACGGUUAUAGAUAUCAAACAUCAGAUAUUUAUUCUAACAAAGAUUUCAAAGAAAGGAAAUAUGCCUUAAUCAAUCGUACUCGUGAAAGACUUAAGUUGGUUAUAAAUCAAGCAGUACAAUUUAAGCGACGGGAAGAUUUAUGGAAAAAAUUAAGCAGUAUAAAGCCAAGUGAUAAAAACAAUGCUAAUAAUAGCACAAAUUAUUCCGCAUUGCUUUCCAUUACAGAUUUCCUUGAUUUAACAAGGCAAUGGUACAGUCGAGAACUUGUUACCAUAAGUCCAGAUUUUAAAGACAUUUUAGAAUUGAAAUUAAAUUGGGUAGAAGUAUUAAAUUUUUUAUCAACAUAUUAUUCUGAAUUGACAAGAGAGUUAUAUGAUGAUACUGAACAUAUUAAGCAUCUAAUAAUAUUUAAUCAACGUAACCAUGAUUUGUUGAUACAUUUCAUUUUACUGAGACAAGAUGAAAAAGAGACUGAAAUAGGAAAUGAUGACAUUAAGUUAGUAGUAAAUGCAGUUUGUAAAGAGGACAACCCAAAUUUUGAAGGAUUAGAAUUGCAAUUUAUCGGCGAUAUAAUCAGAACAAUUGGGUAUUGGAUGUGGCAAAAAUUAUUUUAA